UGCUUUAGUAAAGAUCAGCUCAAAAAGUGAUCUCGUUUAUAUUUUUCUAUAUUUUGUUUUUUAACUUUUUCUUAAAAAUUUUAUUUAAACAAAAAAAAAAGAUCGUUAUUCCUAUUUUUAAUUUUUAGAAAAAUAGAAAACAAAUUUUAAUUUAUCUAGUUUAUCGUGUGUGGUUUUUAAAAUUCAAAAAAUGGCUUUUAAGUAUAUAGUAUUUGCUUCAGCAUUGUGCCUAAGUCUUGCCUAUCCAUUGGAACAUUAUCCUUCAUACGAUGGAGGUCAUGAGUACUCAGAAGGCAUUCAAGAAGAGAGUCACGAUUACGGUCAGCCAAUUUCUAGAAUUUCCUUAGGAGAACAUCAUUCUGGUGGAUAUGAACACGAAGAAGAACAUGCUGUAGAUUAUUAUGCUCCACCAAAAUAUGCCUUCAAAUAUGGAGUAAAUGACUACCACACUGGUGAUGUUAAGUCUCAGCAUGAAACCCGUGAUGGCGAUACUGUCAAGGGUCAAUACUCCCUCGUUGAGCCUGAUGGUUCCAUCCGUACCGUUGACUACACUGCUGACAAACACAAUGGAUUCAAUGCUGUCGUGCAUAAAACAGCUCCAGUUCACUCACAUUCAUCAGAUCACUACUAAGUAACUUGU